UGGUGUCUCAACCUCACUCGUGUUCAUUUUCCGCGACCGCCACCAGCUACCUACUAGCCAACAGCACCCACACACCAAGCAAGAAGAAGCAAAUCAAAAGGGACCAAUCAGCCAAUAUGAGCAAGUACCCAAACCUGCUGAAGCCCCUCACCCUCGGCGGUGUUGAGCUGAAGAACCGCGUGUUCAUGGCGCCCAUGACGCGUGGACGCGGGCCCGGCCAGAUUGCCAACGAGGAGGUUGCCAAGUACUACGCCCAGCGCGCAUCUGCCGGCCUCAUCAUCACAGAGGGCGUCCACCCAUCCAAGCAGGGCGUUGGCUGGCUCAAUGUCCCAGCCAUCUUCACCGACGAGCAGGAGGAGGCCUGGAAGCCUGUCGUUGAGGCUGUGCACGCCAAGGGUGGCCGCAUCUUCAUGCAGCUGUGGCACCAAGGGCGUCAGGCACACUCCGACUUCCACGACCUGCAGCCUGUGUCUGCAUCUGACGUCGAGAUUGAGAACUCUGACGGUCUGUACACAUCAAAGGGCAAGGUUCCUUACGAGAAGCCCCGCCCUCUCACUCUCGACGAGAUCAAGGAGACCAUCGAGGACUACCGCAAGGCUGCUGAGCGGGCUGCUGCCGCCGGGUUUGAUGGCGUUGAGAUCCAUGCGGCCAACGGCUAUCUCCCCGACCAGUUCCUGCAGUCCAAGACCAACAAGCGCACAGACCAGUAUGGCGGCUCCAUCGAGAACCGCUACCGCUUCCUUGACGAGAUCACAGAGGCCGUCCUCACGGUCCUGCCCAAGGAGAAGGUUGGCGUGCGCCUUUCCCCCAACGGCACCUUUGGUGAUAUGGGUUCCCCCGAGUACCGCGAGCUCUACCUCUACGUCGCAACGGAGCUUGGCAAGAAGAAGCUUGCGUACGUGCAUGUGAUGGACGGUCUUGGCUUUGGCUUCCACGAGCUGGGCGAGCCAAUGACGCUCAAGGAGUUCCGGGAGGUGCUGCCCAAGGAGACGGUGCUCAUUGGCAACGUCGGCUAUACGGCCGAGACGGCGGAGAAGGCCAUUGCCAACGGCGACGCGGACGCUAUUGCGUUUGGCCGGCCCUUCAUCCCGAACCCGGACCUUGUUGAGCGGUUUGCAAACGACUGGCCGCUUGCCGAGCCAGCGGCGCCGCCAACGUGGUUUGCGCUCGACCCAGAGAAGCCCCUCAGCGCCAACUACACCGACUACCCUGCCUACCAGCAGUAGGCGCCGCGUCUUGCGCGUGUGCCCUGUCGGUGCACGACCUAUUUGUUUGAUGGAAGGAUCGUUUCUAAUCUAGUUUGCCCUUUUCUGCUGCUGUGGUGUGCCGGUGCGUGUGCGUGAGCGUGUCACGCGUGUCCUUGCUCGUUGUCUCUUUCUUUCCCGUUGUCGCGAGUACACACCAACGCCACCAUA